GUUACAAUGGAGUUUGUUAUUUCAUUUUAUCCGAUCAUCAUUUUUUCAUCUCAUUUUCAUUGCAAACCUUUCAAGCUUUUCAACAUUUGCUUAUUUUGAUUUUUUUCUGUACAUUAUUCAGUCAAUUAUUCCUUUUUUGUAUUCCCUGGUUAUUGAUUAUUCAUUCACGUUAGUUUGUUCAUCUUUAAAAAUUAAAUCUCAAACAUGGUCAACUUGAAAAUUACGAGCCCAGUUCUGAGGGAAUUUCUGGCCGAACUUCUAGGAACUUUUGUCCUAACAACAAUUGGAUGUUCCGUCAAUGCAGCAACAACCGUUUCCAAAAGCGGAGCUGUUGCUGGAGCAAUAGGUCCAUGGGGCUGGGGCCUAGCUUUAACAGCCGCAAUUUACGUAUGUGGUGGUGUCUCAGGUGGACAUGUUAACCCAGCAGUUACUUUAGGAAUGGCGACAAUUGGAAAAUUGUCAUGGAUUAAAGUUCCUUAUUAUUUUGCUGCACAAUACAUUGGCGCUUUUUUUGGUGCUUUAGUUACUUACCUUGUUUACCAUGAAUCCAUCAAAGCUCAUUUCGGUGAUCAGCUGCAAACUCUUGGAGUCAAUGGUACAGCAGCAAUUUUCGGUACUCUUCCUAAUCCAAAUGUUUCCAUUGGAACUUGUUUCCUUGAUCAGGUUGUUUGUGUUGGAUUUUUCCUUCUAUUAAUUCAAGCUAUUACGGAUGAUCGAAAUAUGGAUUGUCCAAAAGGAUUAAUUCCUAUUGCUAUCGGGGUUGCUGACUUGACAUUAAUGGCUUUCGCUUUUGGCUACAAUUGUGGGGCUCCAGUCAAUCCUGCUCGUGAUCUGGGUCCAAGACUAUUAUCAUCUAUUGUUGGCUAUGGUGGUGAAGUUUUCUCAGUCCGAAAUUACAAUUACUUUUGGGUUCCAAUCGUAGCAACUCACAUAGGAGGAAUCAUCGGCUCAUGGAUCUAUGUACUUUUCAUCAGCCUUCAUUGGCCAGUUCAAUCUUAUGACAUUGAAAAUGAACUGCAAACAAAUCCAAGUCGAAAAUGAUUUAGUUUUGAUUAAAUUACUGCCCAUUCUCCUGGGUUUUACCUCUUCCUCAUUUCUCUUCCUUCAAUAUCUACAUUCAAUAUUUCUAAUGUUUUCUCCUGCAAUUUGUUCAAUAUAAUUCAUUUUCGCUCUUUUAUUUUGAUUUGCUCAUUUCAACUGUUAUUGAUCAGUUAAUCAUGAUUAAUACACAUUCAUAUAAUGUAAUCAAAAUAUGUUAUAAAAAGUAAAUUAAAU